GAUAGUUACGCUCGUGUACAGAAAAAUACCUAUAAACUUAAUUAUGCAAUUGAAAAAUUAUCCAUAAAAUGUGGAUGAUUGCUUUCUGUGACCUUGACGGAAAAUUGUAUAACUGGCAUAUGGUGGAAAACAUUAAGCGGGCCUAUAAAAAACUCGUAAAAUACCGCAGGGCAUAUUGGUCGUAUAUAAUACCACAAAGCUGAAAUAUUUAGCUAUUAAUUUGAUGUUUGUUGACCAAGAACAAUAAUUAGUUACAAGAAUAACCAUGGACUUACAUAUCGCGUUCUUUUGUUUAAUAUUCGUGCAUUUAGUUAAUGCGAAGACAAAUGUUACUAACUCGGAUACAAAGAAGCCGAAUACAACUAUUUUGGAAGAUGGAGCUGGAAAUAAGAAGACGAAAAAUCAAAGCAAUUUAUUCAUAAACUUUAACAACUUGGAAGCUCACGUACAACCUUUGCCCGAGCUGAAGGAAAAGUUACCUCGGCUGGCUGUAUACACAUCACUGUUUCAAGGUGCGAGGCACAAAGAUGACGAGAGAGUGUUUAGGAAGAGGUUUGACUUUGAAGCUCAGCCCGAAGGCCAGAAAAUCAUCACUAAAGGACUGUUUGAUUGCCUACUGACGUACUUGGCACUGGAGUCGACCGUAGGAAUUCCCGUGCUGCUGAGAGGAGGCGUCGGCUACAGGCACUUUACGGCAGUGGUCAGGUCAAAACCGUACAAAGAAUUGAAAGGCCAAGUAAGGGCCUACUGUCGGAAAAACAACGUGGCUACAGCAGUCGAAAUGGAUAAACCACAGGCCAAAAGAAGGAGGUUCAAUUUUGGAGACCGUCUAAACGAAGAUAAUGAUUCGUCUUCAUAGCAUUGCUAAAAUUGGUAACUAGUUUAAAAUUACUGGUCUAUAAGAUUAAUGCACCUAUGUAAUAGGUUAUGGUCGUUCUGAAGUUGGCUGCUUUAGGUUAGUGACUUCGCAACAGUCAAAUCUAAAGGUGUGUUUUGAAUGCUAGGUACCGACUGCAACUAACGACCGCACAUGUGGCAACAGCAUUUAAUCGACCGCAGUUGCAUUACUGGUUUGUAUGCAUUUACAUGAAACCGUUCUGGAUCGAAGUGGCAGCAGCACGAGCAGUCGCCGUUUAUCAAUUGUUUUCAUGCAGUCGCGGCAUGUAUGGUCGGUAAUGACAGUCAGCAGCUAGUAUUCAAAACGUACCUUCAGUGAGCAGUUAUGAAUAAAACGGGUGUACUAUGCCAAAUCGAAUGACAAAUAAUCGAAUAUCAAUUGAUCGA